CAAGGAGGAGACAAGAUAAGACGCAGCGGAGCGCCUUAAUCCGCCAGCGUCACGCGCCGAGAAGGAAGGUCUGCGCGCAGGGGCCGGAAGUGACGCACGGGACGGGGCUCUGAGGUGGUAAUGGCGGCUGUGGCUUCGGGUGGAAUCGCUUAGCGUCUUAUGAGACCAACUAUGUCAUCUUUUCAAGAAGUCCCGUCUUCAAGUAGUGCACUUCAGACUUCAAAUUUUGCCCAUGUUAUCUUUCAAAAUGUCGCAAAAAGUUACCUGCCUAAUGUGCACCUUGAAUGCCAUUAUACUUUGACUCCUCAUAUACGUCCCCACCAUAAAGACUGGGUUGGUAUUUUCAAGGUUGGAUGGAGUACUGCACGAGAUUAUUACACCUUUCUUUGGUCACCUAUGCCUGAGAAUUAUAUAGAAGGAUCAACAGUUAACUGUGUGCUGUCUUUUCAAGGAUAUUAUCUUCCAAAUGAUGAUGGUGAAUUUUACCAGUUCUGUUAUGUGACACAUAAGGGUGAAAUCCGUGGAGCAAGCACACCUUUCCAAUUUCGAACAUCAUCUCCAGUGGAAGAAUUGCUAACAAUGGAAGACGAAGGAAAUUCUGAUAUGUUGGUGGUGACCACCAAGGCUGGACUUCUUGAGUUCAAAAUUGAAAAAACCCUGAAAGAAAAAGAAGAACUAUUAAAAGUAACUGCUUCACUUGAAAAGGAAACUGUUCAGCUCAGAGACCAAGUUGAGAGACUGGAAAAAGAACUUAACUAUGAAAAAGAAAGAUUUAAUCAGCUUGAAGCAAAGCAGAAGGAUAACUUGAAAACCAGACAAGCUCUUGAAACUGAAAAAGAAGAGCUCAAGAAAAAAUAUGAUGAAACUACUUCGAAAGUUCUCCAGCUGGAAGAAGAUAUCAUGACUGUUACUCAGAAGGCUAUUGCAAAAGAAACAGAGUUAGACAGCUUAAAAGACAAACUUAAGAAAGUAGGCCUUGAAAAAGAACAACUUGAAUGCCAGUUGAAGACAGAGAAGGAUGAAAAGGAACUCUACAAGAUACAUUUGAAGAACACAGAAAUCGAAAAUGCCAAGCUAGCAUCGGAGGUGCAGACAUUAAAAAAUUUGGAUGGAAACAAAGAGAAUUUGAUAGCUUAUUAUAAGGAAGAGAUUGGAAGAUUACAGCUGUGUGUGACUGAGAGAGAAAAACUGAAGAAAGCUUUUUUGCUGACUUCAGCAAACAAGGAAGAAGCAAGCAUUUUAAAGGAACAGCUUCGAAAAGCUGAGGAUCAGUUACAAGCCAGUAGACAGGAAGCUUUAUUGAUGUCAAAAGAACUGAGUGAUACAGUAAAUGCUCGUGAUAAAACCAUGGCCGAUCUUCAUAAUGCUCGAUUAGAAAAUGAGAAGAUGAAGAAGCAACUUGCUGAUGCUCUGUCUGAACUUAAAAAAAUGACUUUGGUGCAUAAGGAACAGGAAGCAUCAAAUGUAGUAGAAAAAGAAUUGCGCAGGGAGGUUGAAGAUCUGAAGCUCCGUCUACAAAUGGCUGCUGAUCAUUACAAGGAGAAAUUCAAGGAGUGCCAAAAGCUUCAAAAACAAGUCAAUAAACUCAUGGAGCAGACAACAGUUGCAGGGAAUCAGCAGAAUCUGACAGAUGGCUCAAAAAGUGAAACUCUCGUGGGUGAGGCUGGAGAUAAAAAGUUGCCUACAUCUCCAGUUAGCCCCAUUUCACCUGAUACAAUUCUGGAGUUUUCAGAAAAGGAACAUCGUGAAAAGAAUAAGGAAGCAGAGAAAUAUAAGAAGUGCAAGCAGGCACUGUCAGAUGAAAAAUUGAAAUGUAGUGCCUAUGCUGAUGAACUGGCCAAGUUGGAGCUGAAGUGGAAGGAGCAAGUGAAAAUCAGUGAGAGUGUGAAACAAUAGCUAGUUGCUAUGGAAGACCAGUAUUUAGUUCAGUUGGCUGAAAAGGACCGACAGAUAAAAGAUCUGGCAUCCCAUGUGGGAAUCCUCACCAAUGAGAAGAAUCUUGGAAGGAGACCAGGAAGUAACACAGAAAGAAUCACUGAAGGACAGUCAUCUCAGCAAGCAUUAUACUUUCUCAAUCCAGUUCUCGGUUCUGAAGAUGAUCAACCAGUUCCAGCUGUGCCAAGUAGACUACCUAUACUGCAGUAUGGAAAUCCCUAUACAACCCAGGAAACUAGAGAUGGAGCAGAUGGUGCUUUUUACCCUGAUGAGAUCCAGAUGCCACCUGUAAGAGCAGGCUCUUGGGAAUUUGAAGACAAUGUAGUGUGCAGCCAGCCGGCUCGCAACCUUAGUCGGCCUGAUGGUUUAGAAGAUCCAGAGGAUAGCAAUGAUGAUGAAGCAACUGCACCUUCUGCUCCUGAUCCACCAAACGUCCACUUGCAUGAACGUGGAGCUGGAUUUUGUUUUGAUUCCAGUUUUGUGCCCAUCAAGAAAUGUCCCCUUUGUGAAGUGAAGUUUCCUCCUAACUACGAUCAGAGCAAGUUUGAAGAACAUGUUGAAAGUCACUGGAAGGUGUGUCCAAUGUGUUGUGAACAGUUUCCUCCUGACUAUGACCAGCAAAACUUUGAAAGACAUGUUCAAACACACUUCGAUCAGAAUGUUUUGAAUUUUGACUAGAUCUGGGCAUCUUAAUGCAGUUUAGCCUACAGAAAACUUUAAUGAGCUCUGUAAGAUGGGAAAAUGCAGCUUUCUUAAUUUGAUGCAAACAUGUUAUUUAUAGGCAGAGUGCUCUGCAUUGCAGUUGAUUCAAAGUAAACCUUUGCCUGUUAGCAAAAAUUGGGUUAGGCUUUGUUGUUGCAGCAUAUGCUGAAAGCUGUUAUAAUAGUUACCAAGAUUUAUGCCCUGGCUAACAAAAUGCAUAGAAACACAGGAAGUGCACAAACCUGUUCAGAAACCUUAGCAUUCCAGAUUGUGAUAGUACCAAGUUUACCAAAUGACAUGAUUUUGCUCUUGUUUGUGCUAACGUAUGAUUAGAUACUGAAAUUCUCAUUCCAUAAUAAAAUGAGAUUUCUCAGAGUUGUGUGUAUCCUUCAUAUCAUUGUUGAUUCUGAAAGCUACAUAAUUAAUCCAACAAAAGUAUAAUUUUUACAUCUAUUUCAGAAAUGUAGCUAUGUUAGGAUUACAUGCUUGCAAAACAUUCUUAUGGUAAUGCUCAUUUUUACAUACCUAUUAUUGCUUCUUGGAAAUGUCAUGUACACGAGUAAUCUAUUAAAAAAUUCUGCAGUUAGAGCUAUUAGAAAAUUACUGCAUAAAAAUGGGCUUCUUUCAUGCUCAGCAGAUUUUUAACACGUUGUUAAAAAUGAACCCCACUCCCCCUUUCUGGGUUCUUUAGCCAGUUGUGUUUAUAGGGACUAAAGGUUUCUGGAAUCUUCUGCAUUCUACUUUGCACAUGUUCCCAUUAUGUUUGUGGUGUAUAUCUAAAACACUAUAUUUUUAAAGAGUUGCUUAAUCUUUAGUAAGCAGUUUGAUCCUUUUGGAAUAAAAUUAAUCACUUUUCAUCUGUUGUACAAUAGUCAAAUUAAAGACAAAAACCAAAUGUC